AAGAGGCCGGGAAAGGCGGCGUUGCCCAGAGCAAUGGACUUUACGACACUCCGUUUCCAUUUUCGGCGAGUGGGACGGUUGGACACGUAACUGCGUACGUGCGGCGAAGGCAGUGGACCGAGCGCAGGGAGGAGGAGGAGGGUUUGUCCGGAAUCUCUCUGUGAGUGUGUGUGUGUCGCUCUGCUCAGGUGUGACGCGGCGUCGCGAGGCAGGAGGCAAGAGGCAAGAGGCAGGAAUGGAGGCGGAGGUGCGCGGCGCCACAGCAGCAGCAGGUGGGUCUUCUGUUCAGCCCUCUAAGCGGCAGAGGAAGGCGGCAGCGAGGGGAGGCGAAAGGACACGGGGAACGACGCUGGCACCGGGGACCAAACCUGCCGCAGAGAGCUGGAUGAAGCGCAUUUUUGGGUUUGAGAAGGAGGACCUGUCUUCCUGGGAGAGGCUCGUCUGUCUCCUUAACCGGCCCACGGACCCGGCCUCGCUGGGGGUCUUCCGCUUCCUCUUUGGCCUGCUAAUGGCUUUGGACGUUACCCAAGAGCGCGGCCUCAGUCACCUGGACUACAAGUACCUGGAUGGUGCACCUCUGUGUCGCUUUCCCCUCUUCAAUUUCCUGGAGCCGCUGCCCAUGGACUGGAUGUACUUUGUUUAUUUGGUCAUGUUCCUCGGAGCCAUCGGCAUUAUGCUGGGCUUCUUCUACCGCUUCUCUUGCCUGAUGUUCAUCUCCACCUACUGGUACGUCUUCUUCCUGGACAAGACGGCCUGGAACAACCACUCAUACCUCUAUGGUCUCAUCGGGUUCCAGCUGACGCUUAUGGAUGCCAACAGAUACUGGUCUAUAGAUGGGUUACGAAACCCUAAGAAGAGGAAUGCCCAUGUGCCAUUGUGGAACUACACAGUCGUUCGGGCACAGAUUUUCAUUGUGUACUUCAUUGCUGGGGUAAAGAAGCUGGAUGCUGAUUGGGUGGAGGGAUACUCCAUGCAGUACCUGGCUCACCACUGGCUCUUUGAUCCUUUCAAGCUGAUCCUCCCAGUGGAACUGGUCAGUCUGCUGGUGGUCCACGGCGGUGGGCUGGUGCUGGACCUUACUGCCGGUUACCUGCUUUUCUUUGAUGCCACACGGCCCGUGGCCAUGGUCUUCGUCAGUUACUUCCACUGCAUGAACUCCCAGCUGUUCAGCAUCGGCAUGUUCGCCUACACUAUGCUGGCCACCUCCCCCCUCUUCUGUUACCCUGACUGGCCGAGGCGCUUCUUUCGCCAUUUCCCAGCAUGCCUUGGAGUCUUCUUGCCACCCGCGGCGCCCCUCCCUCAGCCUAGCACUUCUUGUGUGUAUCCCCCGACCCCGCCCGGGGACCCUAAGGAUUCGCCGGGGACCCCCAAGCCCACGAAACCAGGGCGGAGACACACGCUGGGAGCGCUGUUCACCUUCCUCUACGUGGCUGAGCAGUUAUUCCUGCCGUAUUCCCACUUCAUCACGCAGGGCUACAACAACUGGACAAACGGCCUGUACGGUUACUCUUGGGACAUGAUGGUCCAUUCGCGGUCGCACCAGCAUGUGAAGAUCACCUACCGAGACGGCAAGACCGGAGACAUCGGGUACCUUAACCCUGGGGUGUUCACGCAGAGCCGACGCUGGAAGGACCACGGCGAUAUGUUGAAGCAGUACGCCACCUGCCUGAGCCGCCACCUGCCGCGCUACAACAUCACCGAUCCCGAGAUCUACUUUGACAUCUGGGUCUCCAUCAACGAGCGCUUCCAGCAGAGGAUCUUUGAUCCCCGUGUUGAUAUUGUAAAAGCUGAAUGGUCGCCAUUCCGCCCGAACCCCUGGCUGAUGCCCCUCCUGGUGGACCUCUCUCCCUGGAGGGUCAAGUUCUCGGAGAUCGAGGGGACGUUAGACAACCAGACUGAGGUGGUCUUCAUUGCCGACUUCCCAGGCCUCCACCUGGAGAACUAUGUGAGUGGAGACCUGGGCAACACCAGCGUGCAGGUACUGCAGGGCCAGGUGAAUGUGGAGAUAGUGGAAGAGAAGGUGAACUACACCCUACACCCUGGGGAUAAGAUGAAGCUGCCCGGAGGGGCGUACCACAAAGUGUACACGGUAUCGGAAGGGCCGUCCUGCUACAUGUACAUCUAUGUGAACACCACAGAGGCAGCGCUGCAGAGGAACUUCACCCAUCUUCUUGAGCUGCAGGAGAAGAUUCGCAACGGCACGGAGACAGAACCGCUGCCACCUGAGCUACAGCCUCUCAUCACCGGGCUGGAAGACGACGACUCCGAGGGCAACGUGAGCGAUCCAGUGCUGCGGGUGUUUCUGCGACGCCAGCGGCGAAUGAAGGAGAGGAAGGAGCGCCGGGAGGCAUCGCUGCCGCAGCGCAUAGAGCGAUUCGUUGUUAAGAAGUAUUACAUGUUGCGCCGGGGUUUCCUGAUGACGGCCAUUGCUAUGCGCAAUCUGGCAGUGGGACCACCUCCCUUGGAGCAACUGACGCAGGAAGUGGCUUAUGCCAACAUGAAGGAGCCUGAUUCCAAGGCCAGCCUGGAUGACAGCCUCCAGGCUGAGGUUGGCCACGGGGAGCUUUGAAGGGAUGCUGACCACAGGGUACACAUGCAGACAUUGGCGUCGCUUCCCCCUCCCAUCACUACAUGACUGGAGUACAAGCUCAGAAGAUCCCCCAGCAUAACGUUAGUGGUUACAUAUCUUUUGAUGCCCUGGACCAGCAGUUCUUCCUAUAAAAUUAAAGCUUGGCAAAAUAAUUGCCAAGAAAGCCUUAAGUGUAUAGUUACUGUUCAUUUGGUGGGAUGCAAGACACUUUUAUAUGAAUGGUCAUCAAUAUGCCGGUACGAAAUUAAUGCUUAUGUUAAGUGACUGAUGUUGUCACCGGUAGCUGACUUAACUGACCAAAAUCUUUUUGUCAAGUUUUUCCUAUAAUAAAGCCUUUCUGUUAAAUUUGAGUUCUCUUAA